AUGGUUAAUAAGUUAGCAAAGCUGUAUGGCGAUCCGAUAGUGUUUGAUUCACCAUCACAGUACACUUGCGUGCUAGAAAAGUAUCCGGAAUUGGGCUAUGCUUUUCCAACCCUACCUCAACUGACAGCCGUUCAGGAUGAACUCACAGCUUCUAUGUUUAGUGAGACCGUCCGGAAGCUGGGCAAGAUGCCUGCGAACACUCUUGAGGAUCUCGCGCGUCUUCCAUGUGAUGAAAUUCGAAAGGCACUUCGCGGAUUUUCUGGAGUGGGACCCAAGGUCGCUGAAUGUGUAGCGUUAAUGGCAAUGGGACAAAACCAGUGCGUCCCCAUUGAUCGUCAUGUUUUCGAGAUCACCAAAAGGUAUUUUCUGCCACAUUUGAAGGAAUCCGCGCUAACCGAAAACCUCAACCGCCGCCUCAUGCAAUUUUAUGAAGAAAAAUUUGGAGCUUAUGCGGGUUGGGCCCAGGCAGUGCUGUUCAACCAACAACUCGAGAAGUUUAUACGAGAUCCCGUUGCAACAGUCAAGUCUAAGCGUCUCAAAAGUGUCACUGUUGCCAAAAUCACCAAGAAAAAAGUGAAG